CUAAAUUCUCUCGCAUGUUAGAUGAUCCAAUCCGUCCCUCUUGUUUAUUGAAAUCAAGUCUUUAUAAACCUUCACAUCACCUUUGUAUACGAUAAUUUAGGUGACACAUAAUGAAUCGACCGGAUGAUCCACGUCUUGGCUUGUUGUUAAUCGGUCGUAAAGACUUCGAUAAGUUGAAAGACAGAGCUGCCAAAAAUGUUGGGCUCAUCCGUGUCCCAUGUGAUGAAGGUGUUGACAGAAACGGUGGACGUGUUGGAGCAUGUGACGGUCCUUCAGUGGUGAUGGAUUUGUUGCCGCGAUUCGGAGCACUUGAUAAUCGUGAAUGGAAGAUAAAUCUGGAAACCGCAGGAAUUCAGCUUGUUGAUUACGGGUCGACUGGAUCUUCAAACUUGGAAGAAGUUCACAACACUCUGAAGGGAUUGGUGAAAGACUGCUUGGAGAAUCAUCUAUUUCCUCUAUGUAUUGGUGGAGGUAACGAUCAAAGUUGGGCUAAUGGAGCCGCUUGGAUUGAGCACUUACGAACCCAAUCGGCGCAACAAGAUAAGGGUUUGAAACUUACAGUGAUCAACAUUGAUGCACACCUUGAUGUUCGACCUCUGAUCAAGUUAGCAGAUGGUCGCCAGGUUGCCCACUCAGGAUCUCCGUUCCGUCAACUGUUGGAAAUGGCUCAUACGCAAGACGAUUUCAAAUUGAUCGAAUUCGCGGCUCAAGGUCAACAGUGUUCAGGUGUGCACGUCGACUAUGUGCACAAACAUGGAGGUACCGUCAUCUGGUUGUCUCAGUUAGCCGGUUAUGAGACGUGUACCGAACACGGCGGUCAGCAUCCGAAGUCCGUCAAGAUAAUGCAAGACAUUUUGCAAGAUUGUGAAGCAUCCGGGCGACACGUGUUCUUCUCGUUCGAUCUGGACGCCAUUCAGGCCGCUGACUGCCCUGGAGUUAGUUGCCCAAGUCCAAUUGGGUUGGCAAGCCGCGAGGCCUUGGGAUUGUGCUACGUUGCCGGAAAAUCUAAAGCAGUGGACCUGAUGGACAUAUCGGAAUUCAACCCUCAUGUGGAAUCUACACAGACAAGCCGACUGAUCGUGAAUAUGAUAUACUGCUUCCUACUCGGGUAUUCUCAACGGUCCUUCUGAAUUGGCCAUUGUACUGUUCAGAAAGCCAGUAACCCAUGGUAGUUAUCUGUUUGUCACUGUGUCAUCAUGCCAAAAAGUGGUAUAACUUUAACUCGUG